AUGGCCUCACAACCCUCACAGCUGUUGGGGGGCAUGUAUACAACACGAGUAUUACCCGUCGACAUCUCCAAGAUUGGCGACUUUACCUUCAGCGAUGAUGCCCGUCCCUUUCUGGAUGAUUGGUCAUUACAGCAGGGUUCAGACAAUUCCGACUACGCCAAGGUACAGGAAGCAGCUCUUCUCAUUCGGCAUUCUGACGUACCUGUCGCCUUUCCCACGGAGACGGUCUAUGGGUUGGGCGCAGAUGCCACAAGGAGUUCUGCGGUGCAAGGCAUCUACCGAGCGAAAAAUCGGCCAUCUGACAACCCUCUGAUAGUCCAUAUCAGCUCUCUUCCACAACUGAGGAAACUGCUGCGUGAAAAAUCUGAGGACAAAUCUUCAGACCCAAUACCACAGAUUUAUCAUCCGCUUAUCGACCAUUUUUGGCCUGGUCCACUGACGAUACUGCUGCCAUUACCAAGACCGUCCCCGUUCGCGCCAGAGGUGACAUCUACGCUGCAGACUGUCGGUGUGCGAAUGCCCUCUCAGAAGCUAGCCCUGGCUCUUAUCCAGAUGGCUGGAGUGCCAGUCGCUGCUCCAUCUGCAAAUGCAUCCGGCAAACCAUCGCCUACGACAGCAAGCCACGUGAAACAUGAUCUUGACGGGCGAAUUGAACUGAUCCUGGACGGUGGCCCUUGCGAGGUUGGCGUAGAAAGCACAGUCGUCGACGGUCUUUCGAAACCACCACUGAUACUUCGGCCGGGACAUAUCUCUCUCGAAGUCUUACGGCAAUUCCCCGGAUGGGAAGACGUUCAAGUCGGCUAUUCAGAAACUCGGCUUGACGAAGCACCCAAGGCACCUGGUAUGAAGUAUAGACACUACUCUCCGAGAGCGCGCGUGAUACUCGUGAAAGGGCCGCCGAGUGAAGGGGUGCUAGCUAGCUUUGAGGAUACCACGAAGUCAGUGGGCAUCAUACUGACUGGUACACGAGUGCUCAGCAAUGGUGAGAGUUGUCGACAUUUAAGAUCGGAAGCAGCUUGCCAUCAGCGCGGUAAUAUGUCUGUCUGGACAAUAUCGAUUGGACCAAGCAUCGCAGACAUUGCACGCGGCCUAUUCUCAGCUCUUCGAGAGCUUGACGAUAAAAGGGUGGACUUAAUCCUAGUAGAAGGUAUAGACGAGAAUCAAGGCGAUGCAGCGGCCGCAGUGAUGAAUCGCCUCCGCAAAGCUGCGGAAACAGAAGUGCUCUCAUGA